AAGAGUCAUAGUUUCGAUCAACAUGCCUCAUACUUCUACAGGGCAGCAAGAAAAAAUGCUUAGCCAAUCUGCAUAUUUACUAUCUCUGCGGGCAAGAUCCUCACUGAGAAACACAAGCAAUGCCCUCUGGGACAUUCUUACCGAUAUCUGGCACCCACAGAGCAACCCUCAUGGCUAUGUCACUCUCGGCGUCGCAGACAAUACCCUGAUGCAAGAACAGUUGCUAUUCCGCGCGAACAGCAACUUCGAACUAUCCGGACGGCAUCUUUUGUUGAACGACACCAUCACAGGUUCUCCCCGGCUGAAGACUGCCAUCGCCCAUCUUCUCUCUCGCUACCUUGACCCUUCAAAACCGCUCAAACCAUCGCAUAUCAUUGCCACUAACGGAGUAUCGUCUGCAAUCGAGCACUGCUCCUGGGCCCUGUGUGACCCAGGUGACGGUAUCCUGGUGGGGCGCCCUUAUUAUCGAGGUUUCAACAGAGACAUCUGCCUGCGGCCAGCGGCUAAGCUCAUCCAAGUCAGCUUUGAGGGCGUCGAUCCCAUUGGCGUUUCGGCGAUAUCCAGAUAUGAAGAAGCCAUCACCAGCUCCCGCGAGCAGGGCUGCACGAUUCGAGCCAUCAUGCUCUGCAACCCGCACAACCCGCUAGGUCGAUGUUAUUCUCGGUCGUUUCUCAGGUUCGGCGUUCACCUGAUCAGCGAUGAGAUAUAUGCUUUGUCGGUCUGGAGACAGGGUCAGGAUGGGGCUGCGCGUAUGGACGAGUUUACCUCGGUACUCUCCAUCCACCACGACGAGCUGAUCGAUCCAAGCCUCGUUCAUGUACUAUGGGGAGUCAGCAAGGAUUUCGGAGCGAACGGGAUGCGAUUAGGGGUGGUUGUUUCGCAGGAGAACAGCGACUUGCUUGAAUCGAUCCGAGGAGUUGCCCAGUAUAGCUCGAUUUCCGGCCUAGCGGACUAUCUUACAGCAACCAUUCUGGAAGAUGAAGAGUUUGUAGGUCGGUUCAUCAUACAAAACAACGAAAUACUUGCUGCUACUUACGACUAUGUCGUUUCUUUCUUGGAUAACCAUGGGAUACCCUACGCGAGAGGGUCGAAUGCGGGCUUCUUCGUCUGGUGCGAUCUGUUAACAGCGUAUCUGGGACUACAACCCGAGGGUUCAUUCAAUGGCAGCGAGUCUACAAGACGGAUCAAAAGCGGGGAGCUAGUAGACAAGCUAGCCCUGCACAAGGUGCACCUUGGAAUUGGCGAUGAGUUUGGCAGUGAACAGCCAGGAUGGUUCCGUAUUACCUUCUCUCAGCACCGUGAGCAGCUUGAUGAGGGUUUGAAACGGAUCAUGAAUGCCCUUCGCUCUUAA